GCAUUGUUGAUACAACACUGUUUCGACUCAGCAACUUUGUGACAAUCUUUUAAGACUGGCAAUACCCCAUACUUCUGACAAACGAAAACUUGCACUGUAAUUGUUGAGGAAAACGCGAAUUUUUGCAAUACAAUUACGAUUUGUAAUAGGAAAAUUAAAGCUAUUUAAGAAAAUAAAUUGAGGUAACCGUUCAAAAUGCCAAGCGAAGCCGCAAAAGCCGAAAAGAAACCUACUGCCACAAGCGAAAAGAAGGAUGAGAAUCCCAAGACAGCAGCAGCAGACAAAAAAGAUCCAAGCAAAGAUGAAAAAGAACAAGAAUUGUCUGAUGAAGAUCAGCAGCUACAGGAAGAAUUAGACAUGUUAGUGCAGCGUCUACAGGAGCCAGAUGCCAAAUUGUACAUGCCUGCAUUGGAAAUGAUGGCAAAAUUGAUAAGAGCCUCCACAACGUCAAUGACAUCGGUACCAAAGCCAUUGAAAUUCAUGAGGCCUCAUUAUGAAACUAUGAAGACCCUUUACAAGCAAAUGCCCGACGAAAAGACGCGCUAUUUGUGCGCCGAUAUUAUUUCAGUCCUGUCCAUGACCAUGGGCAGUGGUAAGGAUUGUUUGGCCUAUCGUUUCUUGUGCGACAGAUCGCAAAAAAUCGGCGAAUGGGGUCAUGAGUAUGUGCGUCACUUAUCUGGUGAAAUUGCUGCCCAUUAUUUAGACACAUCAGGAGAAUUUAGGGCCCAAUUGAUUGAGUUGGUAAAACAGAUCAUACCCUACAAUAUGGAACACAAUGCUGAGGCCGAUGCCUGCGAUUUACUUAUCGAAAUAGAUCAUCUGCAUUUACUGCAAGACUAUGUAGAUGAGUCAGCAUAUCCAAGAGUAUGUUUGUAUCUGCAGUCAUGCUAUCCCUAUGUCCCAGAACCCGAUAAUACUAUUAUUUUGGAAACGGCACUUCAAUUGUCCCGUAAAUUUAACCAAUACACCCAAGCAAUGCGUUUGGCUUUGAUGUUAAAUGAUAUGGACAAGAUAACGGAAAUCUUUAAGGAGACAAAGGAUGCUGCUGUACAAAAACAAUUGGCAUUUAUGUUGGCUCGCCAACAGGUUUGUUUGGAGUUGGAUGAAUCAUUCCCCGACUAUGAUGAUUUAAUGGAAAUUAUGUCGAAUGCAAAUUUGAACAAACAUUUUUUGAAUUUGGCACGAGAGUUGGAUAUUAUGGAACCCAAGACUCCUGAAGAUAUCUACAAAUCUCAUUUGGAUAAUGCCAGGACCAGAUUUGCCUCAAUUCAGGUGGAUUCUGCCAAACAAAAUCUAGCUGCCAGUUUUGUAAAUGGUUUCGUUAACGCUGGCUUUGGCGUUGACAAACUUCUUUCCGAAGAUGGUAAUAAAUGGCUGUAUAAGAACAAAGAACAUGGCAUGUUAUCAGCUACUGCUUCAUUGGGUCUGAUUUUGUUGUGGGAUGUUGAUGGCGGCUUGACCAUGAUUGAUAAAUAUUUGUACUCCACGGAAGAUUAUAUAAAGUCAGGCGCUUUAUUGGCUUGUGGCAUUGUAAAUUGUGGUAUACGCAACGAAGUUGAUCCUGCUCAUGCCUUGCUCUCUGAUUAUAUUCACAAUCAGAACACUUCCAUGCGUAUUGGAGCUAUCCUAGGUUUGGGCAUUGCCUAUGCUGGCUCAAAUCGUUCCAUUGUCAUCGAUACAUUGAAGACUGUUUUCUCUCAACAACCAAGCGUUGAAAUAAUGGGUAUUACGGCCCUUUCCCUGGGCUUGAUUGGUGUUGGCUCCUGCAAUGCUGAAAUCACAGAGAUUCUAUUGCAGACCAUCAUGUUUCUAACCAAAUCCGAUUUGAAAGAUACAUUUGCCCGUUUUCUGUUUUUGGGUUUGGGUUUUCUCUAUUUGGGACGUCAAAAGGCCACAGAAGCAGUCAUGUUAACCUUGGAAGUUGUUGAGGAGCCCUACAAAUCGAUGGCCAUGACCAUGGUAGAUAUUUGCGCCUAUGCCGGAACUGGUAAUGUUUUGAAAAUUCAACAAUUAUUGCAUAUUUGCUCGGAUCAUUAUGAGACCUCAAGCAAUAGCGAAAACGAGGAUAAAAAUAAGAAGGAUAAGAACAAUAAGGAAAAGGAAAAGGCUGAAAAGGAGAAGGAAAAAGAAAAGGAUCUUUCUGCCACACAAUCCAUUGCUGUUUUGGGUAUUGCUUUGAUAGCUAUGGGAGAAGAUAUUGGUGCUGAAAUGGCGUUCCGUUCCUUUGGCAACUUGUUACGUUACUGUGAACCUUGUAUACGUCGUGCAGUGCCCUUAGCCUUGGGUUUGAUAUCUGCCUCCAAUCCAAAACUGAAUAUUUUGGAUACAUUGAGUAAAUUUUCACACGACAGCGAUGCCGAGGUUGCACACAAUGCCAUUUUUGCAAUGGGUCUUGUUGGUGCUGGCACCAAUAAUGCUCGUUUGGCCGCUAUGUUACGUCAAUUGGCACAAUAUCACUCCAAGGAUCCAAGCAAUUUGUUUAUGGUACGCAUUGCCCAAAGUUUAACACAUUUGGGUAAGGGCACGCUUACCCUAAGUCCCUAUCACAGUGAUCGUCAACUUAUGAAUCCCAUGGCAGUGGCUGGUCUUAUGGCCACAUUAGUGUCAUUGCUUGAUGUUAAAAACUUGAUCUUGGGACGCUCCCAUUACCUGCUUUACACCUUGGUACCAGCCAUGCAGGCUCGCAUGUUGGUAACCUUCGAUGAAGAUCUGAACCAAUUGCAAGUGCCCGUACGUGUCGGCAUGGCUAUUGAUGUUGUGGGACAAGCUGGCAAACCCAAAACCAUUACCGGUUUCCAAACACACACUACACCCGUUCUCUUGGCUAUGGGCGAACGUGCCGAAUUGGCAACAGAGGAAUAUAUUGCUCUGACGCCUAUAAUGGAAGGUUUCGUUAUACUUAAGAAAAAUCCCAAUUAUGUUAAAUAAGAGCGCAGUUAUAAAAUGCAAAACAAAGAAAUUAACAAAUGUAUUGUACUAAUUAAAUAAUUGUAUUGUGCUUUUCUUCUACGAUCUUUAAUCUAAUAUUUAAAGGCUUUAAGACAUUACAGCAUCAACACACAUUUUUGAGUGGUCAUAUGUCGACCAUUUCGAUGAGCGUAAUCUUAAGUCGAGUGAGUCCUUGGCGGAAAACAAAGAAGAGGACAUUAAAAUAAACUUUUUUUUAAAAGAUA